CAAACAGUAUUAUCUCUCGGGAUAUUUGCAUAACAUGUUCGUUAGAUAAAGGCUUCAGAAUAAUAAAAAUAAUCAUAAUUAUAAAAUAUAACAUUGAACGUUGUUAAAACUGUGUAGUACGUCGUAGUUAUUAUUAUAUUAAUACCAGUACAAAGAAACGGUUGACAGUUUUCGCUCUCGAGUGUCCGAGUAGAGGGAUGGUAACGUGAUUUGUUCGUAUUAUUGAUAUUAUUUUGCGUUUUCUUUGAGCGAUUAUUCAUUUUCGUGUUGAAAAUCAACCUACACAUUUUCUGAAUCUAUUACGAAGUCGGAAUCAUGGCGGAUCUGAUGUUUGAUUAUCAGUUUCGUUUGAUAUUGAUCGGUGACAGUACGGUAGGCAAGAGUUCGCUAUUGAAAUAUUUCAAUGAUGGUAAAUUCGCCGAGGUGUCUGAUCCAACAGUCGGCGUUGAUUUUUUUGCUAGAACAAUACAAAUUCCCAAUGGCCCACGAAUAAAAUUACAACUGUGGGAUACAGCUGGUCAAGAGCGAUUUCGAUCAAUUACAAAAUCAUAUUAUCGAAAUUCUGUAGGUGCUCUUUUAAUAUAUGAUGUAACUAAACGAGCCAGUUUUGAACACAUACCUAUUUGGAUGAAUGACGCCAAACGUCACAUUGAACCUCAUCGACCUGUAUUUGUCUUAGUUGGAUGUAAAUUAGAUUUGGUUAAUAAUGGUGCCAGUAAGAGGGAAGUGACUGAAGAAGAAGCCAAACAAUUUGGCGCAGAACACAAUAUAUUUACAGUUGAAACAUCUGCAAAAACUGGUUCAAAUGUUGAACUAGCUUUUUCCGCCAUUACCCAAGAAAUUUAUCAGAGGAUAAUAAGUGGUGAAUAUCAAAUGGAAGAAGGCUGGGAUGGCAUUAAAAGUGGCUAUUCACAUCAUUCAGCUAAUAUAGACUUUAAUAAUUAUAUUGAAGCUGAACCGGCCAAAUUGUGCUGUUAAAUAACUCAAAACAGUUUAACAAAAGCUUAGUAUUCUUUUUUUUUUCUUCUAUCAAUAGCAGAAUAACAGUUUUAUAAAACAAAAGUUAAGCUUUGACAAUAUUUUAUGUUUAUUUGACAAAUAUUAACUUAAGAGAAAUAUGUAUAAUACACUUAGGAGAAUGGUACAAGACUAGUAUUCCAUGGAUUAUUAUAGACUAUAGAUUUUCAUAGUUUUAUAUGUGUACAUUCUUUUUUUUUGUGUUGCACAUAAUUAUAUUUUUUUAAUGUGAGUAUUUU